GCCCGGCUACAGACCAAAUAUACCGGCGAGCAAAGGAAAGAUUUUUUUGUUUUUGUUUUGGGAAAGGAGCCGUUGAGUUGAAUAUAGACGUUACGGAAGAUCCGAGUCGCAGCCCACCAUCUAUAAAGCCAACGAGAAACGGAGGUUCACUCUCACAAAGCUUUGUUUUGAUUCUCUUCUUCCUCUCAGGAGCGAAGAAGGGUUAAAGGACAGCAGCAUUCCGUUUCGACGAUCUCGAUCUUCCAUCCUCUAAAUAUAAGGAUCUUUCUCUUUCUCAUCUUCUUAAACUGUGAUUUUUUUUUUAAUUGCAGGUUUUCACUGACAAUUAGGUUUUCAAUUUAAUUUCUUUCUUUAUUUCCUCUUCUUUCUUUCUUUCUUUUUUUCUUCGAUUUGGUCUAACAAAUGGAUGCAGGAUCUGUUAAUUCUUUAUCAUUUUCAACUGAAAAGCCUUGGUCAAGAUAUCGUAAACCCUUAACAAAAGUUGGAUCCACAGUGUACAUCCCUCCUCUCCGCAGUUCUUCUUCGAAUCCAACUUCUUACAGGCAAAGCGGAGACAGAUUCAUACCAGAUAGAUCUGCAAUGGAUUUUGAUGUUGCCCACUACUUGUUAACGCAACCCAGAAAGGAAAAGGAGAACGUUGGAGUUGUUUCACCUGCAAAAGAGGCCUAUCGUAAGCUUCUCGCUGAGACCUUGCUGAACAACAGAACCAGGAUCUUGGAGUUCAACAGAAAGACUCCAAUUUCCACAGAUUCAAUGCUGACUGCAAUUUCGGAAGCUGGUUCUUCCAACCAAUGCAAGAUUACAAAGAGAAAAAGAUACAUUCCACAGUCGGCUGAGAGGACAUUAGAUGCUCCUGAUCUUGUGGAUGAUUUCUAUCUGAAUGUCCUCGACUGGGGAAGCAGAAAUGUCUUAUCAAUUGCUCUCGGAAACACGGUAUAUUUGUGGGAUGCUUCGAAGGGUUCGACAUCUGAGCUUGUGACCGUUGACGAUGAUCUUGGUCCAGUCACCAGCGUCAGCUGGGCUCCUGAUGGGAAGCACAUUGCAGUUGGAUUGAACAACUCCUAUGUUCAAUUGUGGGACUCAAACUCAGCUAAACUGUUAAGAACACUAGAUGAAAUACAUAGAUCUCGUGUUGGAACUCUUGCUUGGAACAACAGUAUCCUUACAACUGGUGGAAUGGAUGGAAAGAUAGUGAACAAUGAUGUGAGGAUAAGAAACCAUGUAGUAAAGAGCUACAGAGGUCACCAGCAAGAAGUAUGUGGCUUGAAAUGGUCAGAAUCUGGCAAGCAGCUUGCAAGUGGUGGCAAUGACAACCUGAUCCAUAUAUGGGAUCAAUCCAUGGCUACCUCCUCUUCUGCAGCAGCACGGAAUCAAAACCAAUGGCUUCAUAGAUUUGAGGGUCACGAUGCUGCAGUAAAGGCUUUGGCGUGGUGCCCCUUUCAGAAUAAUUUGCUUGCUUCAGGUGGAGGUGGAGCCGAUAAAUGCAUCAAGUUCUGGAACACCCUCACUGGUGCUUGCUUGAAUUCAGUAGAGACAGAUUCACAGAUUUGUGGGAUUCUAUGGAACAAAAAUGAGCGCGAGCUACUUACCUCUCAUGGCUACAGUCAGAACCAGCUCACAUUGUGGAAGUAUCCAUCUAUGGUGAAGGUAGCUGAGCUCUGUGGGCAUACUUCUAGAGUUCUACAUAUGACUCAGAGCCCAGAUGGCUGCACGGUGGCGACGGCGGCCGGCGACGAGACUUUGAGAUUUUGGAAGGUGUUUGGGAAUCCAGAAAUGGAUAAACCUGCAGCUAAGAAGACAUAUUCAGAACCAUUUGCCAAUUUUAGCCGCAUCAGAUGAGAAGAAUUUCACAAGCGAUGGUAGGAGAAGGGACCAACCCAUCAUUAUGAUGAUCUUAAGAUUUUUGCUCAGAAAAGAGAGAGAGCAUUGAUGAAGAAACAUGGAUUUCUUUGAAGGGUGGAGUUUGUAGAUAGUUGAAACUAUGUUUUUUAUCAUACAUGAAAUAUUUGAUAUAUAUAUAUAUAUAUUGUAAAUUUAAUUUUAUGUGGUGAGCUCAAGAAACCUCUUUGAACACACCUUUUGAUUUUUUUUUUUUAUACUGUAAAUUUACACAUAGCUUAUAGAUGGUGCUGUUCAAGAAACUUAUUUGAGCACGCACUUUUUUUUUCUCUCUCUAAAGCUUUCUCACAUCUGUUGAUGUGUGUUAUACUGUCAAUCUGUGU